AAAAAAAAUACCGCGAACAAGAAGUUUUCGCGCCAAAAUUAGUCAAUUCCAGACUAAUUAACAAUAAUUAUGUUGGAAAUUAACCAGCAUAUCUUGUACCGUUGGAUUAACUAACAGCAGUUGUCAUCGGUCUAGUGGACUACUAGUUUUUGCCAUUUUAUUGGACGAUGAAGCGCGGCAUGGUCCUCCCGGCUGCGAGGACGCCAUCUAUGCGCCUUCAAACUCAGAGAAGAAGCGCCGCAGCCUCUUGGCAGAGGCUCUGCCACCAGGAUGGGAUCCAUGGAUGCCUCAUUGCGUGGCUACAAGUGGCGUACACAUACAGUGUCCACGAAUCGCUGGGACAAACCAGCUCAAAUGCGAGCUCAAUGGAUGGGAAAGCCACAAUUUGUUGCCGUUUCAAACGGCGUCACAAAAUCACCCUGCCCCGUGACAGAGACGACGCACCAGAUCGAUUCGAUUCGAUUCCAUGCAUUUCCUCAGAGCAAAAAACCAGUUUUUUCCAUUUGUUUGGCUUCGAUUCCGUUUCGUCUCCGAGCAGCCAGCCAGCCGGCCGGCGAAAAACGAAGCAUACACCAAAGAGAGAGAGAGAGAGAAGACAAACAAAAGUAAACAAUAAACGGUGAGAGCACAACAAAAGCUGAAAGAACAGAUUACUUCAUGCUCCAAGGGGGAGCCAGCCGAAG